AGCAGCUUCCCCAUCCCUCCCCCCAAGCGUUCGACUCGUGCCCCCAAGCGCAUACCCCGCCCGCGCAACGCCUUCAUGCUCUUCCGCUGCACCUUCUCCGCCUCCUCUUUCAUGCGCACCUCCACCGAGCACGACAACCGCCACAUCACCCGCAUCAUCGCCCACUGCUGGAACGCCCUCCCCGAGCGCCAAAAGGCCUACUGGUACCGCAGGGCCCUCGAGGAGAAGCAGCACCACGCAGAGCUCUUCCCCGGCUACCGCUUCACCCCUACCUCCCGCGCAAACCGCCAGAAGCGCAACGUCAAGCGCAACAGCGACGCCGACAAGGAGCGCAGCAGGCGCAUUGCAGAGCUUCUCCUCGCUGGAAAGCACGGCGACGAGCUCGAUGUCGCCGUGAAGCAGGACGACGCCGUCCACUCCGACAGCGACGGCUCCUACCGGUCUGAAAGCCCAGAGACCAGGCCAGCAAAGGCACAUAAGAAGUCGCUGACUUCCAAGGCCCGCAAGCCUCCAAGGAGCCGCACUGCGGCUAUCUCGGCAGCAGCUCCCGAGUCUCUCAGCGUCCCGACCGUGAACUUCGAAACGGUCACUGCGAACCCAUGGGACUACUACUCCACGGAGCCGUCCUCGAUUUACGCGCCUCAGGCUUCGUACCCGCCUAUGCUGCCUCACGCCCAACUUUACCAAUCGCACUCUCCCGCCCUCUCGUCUGGCUCUGCUCACUCCUAUGGCUCAUCCUCGAGUCCUUCCCACCAAGUCGCCCAGAUGACCGAGCAGUUCGCCUAUACCUCCGUGACCACGCCGCCACAGCCCCGUGCUACCGACUAUUAUUCCGCAGGCUCGUACGACACCCAAGAGCGCCACCCCUCUCCCGACGACACGUACUCGCUCGCCUACCCUCUCUCGCAGGACUACCUGAACGUGCAGGACACGUACACCCGCGGCCUUAAUUUUGAGUACCCCAUGCCGUCUGGCUACGCCACGAGCUACUCUGCAGGCUACCAGCCGAGCUUCAUGAACACCGUUCACCAGAGCCAGCCUUCGGGCGAAUAUUAUCCCGAGUACAGCAACUACUAAGGUUUCUACCCACACCCUUCGUGUCGAAUUUUGAAAAUUAUUCACCGUCCCAAAAAUCACCCAUGUUUCCUCUAUCUCUGCGCCGCUUGUCCAGUCCCCUCCUUUUCUUAUGUUUCUUUCAACGUACCAUCUCUCAAAGUGACACAUCAUUUCUAGGAUCCCUUUGUCUCUUUAUUCCCUAUGACCAUUCCAUGACUUGUUCCUGUAGCCAUAUUUCAACACAUUUCUUCUCGGCAUAGCGACGCACACACAC